UUUUUGCUUUCCUUUUGGAGGCCCCCCUCAGACUCAGGUGUGGUCUUGUGAAAUUUUCCAUUUCUUCCAACUUCUUUAAUCUCUCUACUCUGAGCUAAUCGGUUCCCAGCUUUUUUUCUCGCUGGAUUUCUGCUCCGCGGCUGCGGAACGCCCCACUCCGUCCUCCAAGUCUUGAUUUUCCGGUCAAUUCAGUCGUUUCUUUCGGAUGGCGAAGCGUGGAUAUAAAUUGCAGGAGUUUGUGGCGCAUUCCGGGAAUGUGAACUGUUUAAGGUUUGGGAAGAAGACAUGUCGGAUGUUCCUCACUGGGGGUGAUGAUCACAGUGUGAAUCUUUGGUCCAUUGGCAAACCAACCUCCACAUCUACCCUAUCUGGCCACACAAGUCCAGUAGAGUCUAUAGCUUUUGAUUCAGCUGAGAUUUUAGUGGCUGCUGGAUCUUCAUCCGGAUUAAUAAAGCUGUGGGAUCUAGAAGAUACAAAAAUGAUUCGCACGCUUAGUGGACACAGAUCCUAUUGCACUGCUCUUGAAUUUCAUCCAUUUGGUGAAUUUUUUGCUUCUGGUUCUAUGGACACUAAUCUAAAGAUAUGGGAUAUAAGAAAGAAAGGAUGCAUACACACAUACAAAGGGCACACGCGAGGAAUUAGCACCAUAAGAUUCACUCCUGAUGGUCGGUGGGUAGUCUCUGGUGGAUUCGACAAUGUUGUUAAGAUAUGGGAUCUAACGGCUGGAAAGCUUUUACAUGAUUUCAAGUUCCAUGAAGGACAUAUUCGAUCCAUAGAUUUCCAUCCUCUUGAGUUUCUUCUAGCAACAGGUUCAGCGGACCGAACUGUACAGUUUUGGGAUUUGGAAACUUUUGAAAUGAUUGGAUCUGUGAGACGUGAGGCUACAGGAGUACGGUCAAUUGCCUUUCAUCCUGAUGGAAGGACUUUAUUUUGUGGACUAGAUGAUAGUUUGAAGGUUUAUUCAUGGGAACCUGUAAUUUGUCAUGAUUCCAUUGAUAUGGGAUGGUCAACGCUUGGUGAUCUCUGCAUUCAUGAUGGAAAACUUUUGGGUGGUACAUAUUACCAAAACUCAGUUGGAGUUUGGGUGGCAGAUAUUUCGCUCAUUGAACCCUAUGGUAUGAAUGCUGAGCGGAAUUGCAACUUGGAGCAGAAACGUGAACACAAGGAAAGUACUGUGGAGAUGUUAGGGAACAAUAGAAGUUCAAAUUCUAGUCUUCGCUGCUCAUCUCCUGAUUUUGAUUCCAAAGAGAUAAAGAAUAUAUAUGUUGACAGUGAAGAUCCUGUCACUACAAAGAAGGUUGGUUCAUUUCCACCUCCUGAAGUUAUUCCAUCGCCUGAUCCUAAGGAGAGUGAUCUUCUAUCCACUCAGAAGCAGAAUUCUGUUAAAGUAUUGCACACAAAACCUACCAACAAUAAAUCUUUCAUUGCCCCAGUUCUUGUGCCUCAUGAUAGUCCAGAUGGAAAAGACUUUGCCAGUUCUAGAAGGGAAAGUAUUUCCACUACCAGGGCCAGUGCGCCUAAGCCAUCUCAUUUAAGACGGCCAUCAAACAACUUUGAUAUGGAGAAGACAAUUGAAACAGAGUUAGCUGAGAAUGUCUCGAAGGAAAAUGACUCAACAAUUAAAAAUGAUGAAGAGAAGUCUGAGAAAACCUCGUUACUGUCAGCAAUUCCAGAUCAGGGAAAUGGUGAUGCUGCCUUGGAGAGCACUAAAGGGUUGAGUUCUGUUAAAGUUGUCAAUGGAGUGGCUGUGGUGCGAGGAAGGACACGCAGUCUGGUUGAGAGAUUUGAGAGAAGAGAGAUAUUGCAAGUUAAUGAUGCUAGCAGUCCUGAAACAGUUCUUUGUCCUAAACCUGAGGAAGUAAAAACAUCCCCUUUACCGGUUGAGAGGGUUGAUAGAACGGGAAGGUCAAAAGCUGAUGAUUCCCCUACUACUGAUACAGUUCCUCAUUCUAAACCUGAGGAAACAAAACUACCUCCUUUGCCUGUUGAGAGGGUUGACAGAACAGGAAGGUUAAAAGCUGAUGAUUCCCGUACUACUGAAACAGUUCCUCAUUCUAAACCUGAGGAAACAAAACCACCUCCUUCACCUGUUGAGAAAUUUGAUAGGAGAGAAAAGUUGAAGGCUGAUGCUGCACAAAUUCGUGAAUCAGUUCCUCGUUCUAAACCUGAGCAAACAAAAACACCUCCUUCGCCUAUCAAGAGAUUUGAUAGACGGGAGAGAUUGAGAGCUGAUGCUGCACGAAUUCAUAGUACAGUAACUCAUUCUAAACCUGAGGAAGCAAGACGAUCUCCUUUGCCGGUUGAGAGAUUUGAUCGAAGAGAGAGGUUGAGAGCUGGUGAUGCUCAUAGUUCUGAUACAGUUCCGUCCUCUAAACCUGAGGAAGCAAAAGAAACCCCUUUGCCGAUUACUAAUACGCAAAUUGUGGGAAGGGCUGAAACAGCUGAAAGUGAUAAUAAUAUCAUUGAAAAUCUGAUGCAAAAUCAUGACACCCUUUUAAGUACAUUUAGGUCGCGCCUGACAAAGUUGCAGGUAGUUCGACAUUUUUGGGAACGGAAUGACAUUAAGGGUGCUAUCAAUGCCUUGAAAAAGUUGCCUGAUCAUUCUGUACAAGCAGAUGUAGUCAGUGUUCUGAUUGAAAGAAUGGAGGUUAUUACCUUAGAGUUGUUUUCUUCUUUACUUCCUGUGCUAUUGGCCUUACUAGACAGCAAGAUUGAAAGACAUGCAAAUGUUUCUCUAGAGAUGCUGUUGAAGCUCGUGGCAAUCUUUGGUCCAGUGGUCCGAUCAGCUGCUUCUGCACGUCCAUCUGUAGGUGUUGAUCUUCAUGCCGAGCAGAGAAUUGAGUGCUGCAGACAGUGCUUGGCGCAUCUCCAAAUUAUCCAACAGAUUAUUCCGACACUCAUACAGAGGGGUGGUUUGGUGGCAAAAUCUGCACUUCAACUAAAUCUUGUUCUUCAGCAAUGAUAAGAUAAUCUGCACAUUUUCAUCUUACUACUCAUCAAGGGGCACUCUUGUGUACAAUCUGGGGAUAUCGCAGUUUUGUCCAUAUGAUUUCCGUCUUUUGCUGCCAAUUCUCGGCCUCCUUUCGGGUAGCCAUUAAGCCGAGGCCCGAGGGGAGCAUGCAUGAGCGUGACCAUAUCCGUAUAUCACCCCAGCUUGGGGUUCGAGAAAAUCCUAUGUUCUUGGCUUCAGGCGUUUUUGUAGUACCCAACAACUGAUAAUAUGCCUUUGCAGAUAUUGUAGCAAGAAUUUGUGCUCCAAUAGUUCAAUUUGUAUGUAAUAGCUCAAAUUCAAUGGGAUGUAUACAUACACUUCAAUCCUUUAAUGAUAUAUAUAUAAAUCUUUCAUUUGGCUGACUUUC